CUGUUCGGGCCGAGCGUAGGAAGGUUUCAGGAGAUCAACUUCCGAAGGAAUCAAGGUAAUUGGUAACUAUGGUGAAGGCACACCCCGUCCCAGUGCCUUCUAAGAUGGCAGAGAUGUCGGCCGGAUAGAUCUGCUGGACGGAACGGAACCAUUUGUCCGUCAAUCGCGAUGUUUAUUGUUGGUUUAACUGGUGGAAUAGCGACUGGUAAAAGCACAGUUUCUAGGAUAUUUAAGGACUUGGGAUGUCCUGUCGUUGAUGCUGAUGAAAUAGCUCGGGAAGUUGUCAAGCCCUACCAGCCAGCAUGGAAGGCUUUAGUGCAGAAUUUUGGAAGACAUAUAUUACUUCCUAAUGAGGAGGUUGACAGAGAGAAACUGGGGAAGAUUGUGUUUGGAGAUGAUGCUAAAAGACGUGUGUUGAACAAGUGCACUCAUCCUGCUAUUUACAGUUCAAUUUGGUGGGCAUUGUUGAAGUAUUUUGUUAAAGGUGAAAAGUUUGUCAUUCUGGAUUUACCACUUUUGUAUGAGUCUGGAGUUUCAUUGUUUCUGUUGAAAGAUGUUAUUGUAGUAUACUGUGACCGAGACACUCAGCUGCAGCGUUUGAUGGAAAGGAAUAACUUCACACAAAGUGAUGCUGAAUUGAGAAUAAAUGCUCAGAUGUCACUGGACGAGAAGUGCAAGAGGGCUUCUUACAUUAUCAACAAUUCCUCCAAUCGAGAGACAACAGAAAAGCAAGCGAAGAGACUGUAUGAAACUUUCACUCGAUCAUUCGCCUACCUCCCACUUCGUGUCUUUGUUUUGUUUGUUCUCUUAUUAAUAGCAUGGUUACUCAUUUGCCUAAUGAGGCUAGUCAGCUGGUAGUUAUCGUAAGGGAGUUUCAAAGGCCUGG